AUGUUCCUUUACUCGCUGACGAUCCAGCCCCCAAGCCAUGUCGUCCAAGCAGUUCUGGGCCAGUUUGGGAAUACCAAAGAGCAGCUGAUAGUCACGGCCGCCGGCUCCCAGCUGACCCUGCUACGGCCGGAUCCGACUGUGGGAAAAGUUCACACUGUCCUGACCCACGAUGUUUUCGGCAUCGUCCGGUCGCUGGCAGCCUGUCGCGUCACUGGGAGCAGCAAGGAUUUCCUCGUCGUUGCGUCCGACUCGGGGCGCGCCACCAUCGUUGAAUAUUUGACUGAGCAGAACCGCUUCUGUCGUGUGCACAUGGAGACAUAUGGCAAGUCCGGUAUACGAAGAGUCAUUCCUGGAGAGUAUCUCGUCUGCGACCCAAGGGGAAGGGCGUUCUUGGUGGCCUCGGUCGAGAAGAACAAGCUCGUCUACGUUCUGAACCGCAUCGCGGGAGCUUCUGGCGAGGGCAACUUGGCAGCCGAACUCACGAUAUCGUCCCCUCUCGAAGCCCACAAGCCGGGCGUAAUGGUCAUAGCCAUGGUGGCUCUGGAUGUGGCGUACUUGAACCCCGUUUUUGCCGCCCUAGAGGUUGACUGCUCCGAGGUCGACCAAGACGCCACGGGACAGGCCAUGGAGGAAGUGCAGACUCAGCUGGUAUAUUACGAGCUGGAUCUCGGGUUGAAUCACGUCGUUCGCAAGUGGUCGGAGACCGUGGACCCAACCGCAUCGAUGCUCUUCCAAGUUCCCGGCGGCAGCGAUGGCCCCAGCGGGGUGCUCGUCUGCGGGCAAGAGAGCAUCACGUUCAUGCACAGCAAUCAAAACCCUUUGCGCGUUCCGAUUCCCCGGCGGAGAGGCGCCACAGAGGAUCCUAAUCGGAAACGGUUCAUCGUCGCGGGCAUCAUGCACAAGCUCAAAGGAAGCAGCGGCGCCUUCUUCUUCCUCCUGCAGACCGAGGAUGGCGAUCUCUUCAAAGUCUCCAUGGAGAUAAUCAACGACCACCGAGGGAAACCUACUGCGGACGUCAAACAGAUAAUCAUCAAAUACUUCGACACUCUCCCCGUGGCAUCGAGCUUUUGCAUCUUGAAGAGCGGAUAUCUCUAUGUCGCGAGCCAAUAUGGCGACGCUGGCUUCUACCAGUUUGAGAAGCUUGCCGACGACGAUGACGAACUGGAGUUUAGCAGCGACAAUUUCCCCGCGGAUCCCCAGGCAUCAUACGAGCCCGUUUACUUCCACCCUCGGCCAGCGGUCAAUCUCACCAUGGUUCAAAGGAUCCCCUCUAUGAACCCGCUCAUCGACUGCAAGGUCGCCAACUUAACCGGGGAAGACGCGCCUCAAGUCUACACCCACGGGCUGGACGUCACCCACAUCGUCGGAUCCGAGCUCCCUGGCGCGCCGGUGGCGGUCUGGACACUCAAGUUGAACCGCAACGACAAUAUUGGAGAAACGGUGGAAGAAGUGAGCGACUCUGGGUUUCUCACCGAUGUGCCCACCCUAGCUGCGCAGCUGCUGGGCGACGGCGGCCUGCUUCAAGUUCACCCCAAGGGUAUACGGGUCAUUCGCAAUGGCAAGCCGCCUGACGACUGGGAGGCGCCCCUGCAUCGCUCAAUCGUCGCUGCCGCUACGAAUGCCCAGCAAGUCGCCAUCGCGUUAAGCUCUGGCGAGAUCAUUUACUUCGAGGCGGACGAUGAGGGCAACUUGAACGAGUUCGAGGACAAGAAGGCUAUGUCUGGAACGGUCACGUGCCUGAGCCUGGGUGAAGUGCCCGAGGGAAGACUCCGCAGCUCGUUCCUGGCCGUCGGCUGUGAUGACUGCACCGUGCGCAUCCUUAGUUUGGAUCACGGCGCCACGCUUGACAACAAGUCGGUUCAGGCCUUGACGGCAGCUCCCACAUCCUUGGCCAUCAUCGCCAUGGAUGACUCCUCGUCCGGCGGCUCAACGCUUUAUCUGCACAUUGGGCUGCACUCGGGCGUCUAUCUACGCACGGUGGUCGACGAGGUAUCCGGCGAGCUGACAGACACCCGCCAAAGAUUCCUGGGACCAAAGCAAGUCAAGCUGUUUCAGCUCACAGUGGAGGGCAAGACAUGCGUUCUCGCUCUCAGCUCUCGACCUUGGCUUGGGUACCCGGAUCCGAUCACCAAAACCUACAUGAUGGCACCAUUGAACUACCCAGAGCUUCAAUGGGGCUGGAACUUCACGAGCGAGCAAUGCGAAGAGGGCCUUGUCACGAUUCAUGGACAAGACUUGAGCAUCAUUUCGAUAGACCGUUUGGGAGUCACUCUCACCCAGAGAUCGGUCCCGUUGAGCUACACCCCGAGGAAGCUUAUCAAGCAUCCAGACCAGCCCGUCUUUUAUAGCAUUGAAUCCGAUAACAACACACUGCCCCCGAAACUCCGAUCUCAGCUGCUGGCCGACCCCGCUGCGGUUAAUGGCGACGCAAAGGUGCUCCCGCCAGAGAUCUUCGGUCACCCAAGGGGCAACCGUCAUUGGGCAUCAUGCAUCAGCGUCAUCGACCCGGUGUCCGAAGAGCCGGAGGUGCUGCAAACUCUUCAUUUGGACGAGAACGAGUCUGCUGUCAGCGCUACCAUCGUUCCGUUUUCCAGCCAAGACGGCGAAAGCUUUCUCGUGGUCGGUACCGGCAAAGAUGUCGUGGUGAAUCCUCGAAGCUUCUCCGAGGCGUUCAUUCAUGUCUACCGUCUCAACGAAGGCGGCCGCCAGAUCGAAUUUGUGCACAAAACGGCGGUCGAAGAGCCACCCUUGGCUCUGAUACCUUUUCAAGGGAAGGUCUUGGCUGGAAUCGGCAAGGCCGAAGCCGGUCCCCAGCAAAUCGUGUCGCUGAACACCCAGGGCAACCGGAUCGUCGUCGGCGAUGUCCAAUAUGGCAUCACGUAUGUGGUCUACAAGCCGGCAACAAACAAGCUCAUCCCCUUUGUGGAUGACACCGCCGCUAGGUGGACGACUUGCACGGCCAUGGUGGACUACGAAUCGGUUGCCGGCGGCGACAAAUUCGGCAAUGUAUGGGUUGUACGAUGUCCCCCCAAGGCGAGCGAAGAAGCAGACGAGGAGGAUUCCGGCAUUCACUUGACCAACGCCAGGAGCUAUCUCCACGGAACCUCUCGCCGCCUCGACCUCAUGUGCCACUUCUACACCCAAGAUAUCCCCACCAGCGUCACCAAGACAAGCCUCAUUGUGGGAGGGCAGGACGUUUUGCUGUGGAGCGGACUCAUGGGGACCAUUGGCGUCCUUAUCCCGCUCGUGAGUCGCGAAGACGCCGAUUUCUUUCAGAGUCUUGAACAACAUCUCCGAAGUGACGACGCACCGUUGGUGGGGCGAGACCACUUGAUGUACCGCAGUUAUUACGCGCCCGUCAAGGGCGUCAUUGACGGCGAUCUCUGCGAGAGAUACAAUCUGCUCUCCAACGACAAGAAGAUGACGAUUGCCGGGGAGCUGGAUCGCUCGGUGCGGGAGAUUGAGAGGAAGAUUUCGGACAUUCGAACGCGAUCUGCCUUUUAA